AUGGCCGGACCCCCAGCCCUGCUCCUUCCCCAGGGCCUCCAGCACCCGGCGGGCCGUGCCCUGCUCCAGAACCAGGCCAGGGCCCUCACCAACGCCGCCUCUCCAACUCCUUCUGCGAAGCCCCAUGGCAUGUCUCCGUGUCCCUUGCCGGGCCGGCGGCUAGGGGCCGGGGGGCGGCGGGGCAGCAGGGGUGAGCCAGGGUGGUCCAGGGGGCCGGGGGGCCCGCGGCAGAGCGCCAGCGAGCGGGAGAAGCUGCGGAUGCGGCGGCUGGCACAGGCGCUGCUGCGGCUGCGGCACUACCUGCCGCCCGCGCUGGCACCUGCGGGGCAGAGCCUGACCAAGAUCGAGACCCUGCGCCUCGCCAUCCGCUACAUCGCCCACCUCUCGGCCCUGCUGGGGCUCAGCGAGGAGGUGCUGGCCCGGCGGCGGGGGGUGGCCCCCCAGCACUGCCCCCUCUGUCCCCAGGGCCUGGGGUGCUGCCAGCCUCUGGACCCCCGCCUGCACUCGCCGGCCCCUGCUCCACAGGAGGCUUCGCCCCCCAGCACUGUGGGCUGGGGAUCACCUCCUGUAGUGGGGACCCCCCCGGAGCUGCACAGGGCUGCUGGCAUGGGGACAGGGGCCUGGGGAUCACCCCCCUAUGGCCCCACUGCGGGGACCCCCCCAGAGGUGCUUGGGGUUCCUGACAUGGAGAUGGACGCCUGGGGGUCGCCCCCCUACAUCCCUGUGGCAGGGACCCCCCUGGAGCUGCACGGGACCCCUGGCUCCAUCUCAGGGUCCUGGUCGUCACUGCUGUGCAGCCUCGGAGCAGUGACCCCGCUGGACCCCCCCCAGAGACGCGCCGUGGCCGUGGGUACCGUGACACCUUCCUCCUGCUGCUUGGAGCCUGCAGCCCUCCCCCAGCCUGCCGGGGCAGGACUGACGGACACAGGGCCCCCUGGGACCCCCGCGCAUGGCUCCCAGCUGCCUGCGCACCGCCAGCUGCACCCCAGCACGGCACUGGGGGGGCUGGAGCUGAUCCUGCACCCCCGGCUGCAGGGGACAGUGGCGUGGCCGUGCCGCAGAGCUGCGCGGGAUGGACACCAGGGAAGGGCUCCUCAUUAA